GGAACCGGUACUGGUGAGUGGACGUGUACUGUGACCUCAACAUUUUGUGUGUAUCAGCUGAUCCCGGAUAUAUGCAGAUAUGGAACGUGUGGUGGAGAUGGCAAAUAACGGUGGUUUCUCCCUCGCCGGUCCUUCCACCACUCCCCGCAAGCGACAGGUGCGAUUCUCCGCCCGCCACGACAUCCUGCUGCUCCGUGAGGUCAUUGCUCAGAACCCGUUCUGUUCCAAGGAGUCGGGUCGUAUCUGGGCCCGUGUCGGGGAGAUCAUUACUGCUGCCCUGCAGGACGAGAGCUUUGAGGUGGACGCCCGGCGUUGCAGGGAGAGGACCAUGCUGCUGCUGGACUACUACAAGAAGCAGGACUUCCCCAGCCUACGCAGGUUUGGGACAGAGAGGCUGUAUGCCCAGAAAGAAGACCUACUCCAUGAGGUGUUGGAGCUGGAGGCAGAGAAGGGUCUUCUAGCCAGCGGGGAGAGUAAGUACCAGGAUGAGGAACUCAGGAAACGAGCCCUGGAAGAGCUGGCUAGUCAACCAGAGCAGGACAAACCCAUCAUUAUCUCCACACAAACAGGACAAGCCAAAGUUCCCAUGACCCCAGAGCCCGAGGAGGAGCAGGAGGACCUGGCGGAGCUCUCGCUAGUCUCGGCGGCGCCCAUGGCCAAGCAGCCUUGCCAAUGCUGCUGCCAGACCUACUCAGAGAUCCUCAGCUUCCUGGAGAAGCGCUCGGAGGCGGAACAACGACUGCGGGAGGAGGAGCUAUCGCUGAGGAGGGAGGAGCUAGAGAUCCAGAGGAGUAAGAUCACUCUGGAGAGAGAGAGGCUGGGGGCGGAGAGGAAGGAGAGGGAGAGGAGGUUCGAGCUGGAGAGCCAGGAAAGACAGGUCAUAUUGGACCUGCUAAAGGAGAAGGUGCUCAAAGGAUGAGAGGAUUGGUGGGCUGGUGGCGGGGGGCAGGUGAGGGGCUGAUGUAACCCUAGGUGUAUGGUGUGGACAUAACAUUAAGACAUUGGGAGGGUGGUACCUACCCCUGGAUCGCACCCUCUGUCCUUUGUUCUAUGCCAAUGGCCUUAGUGAAGGAAUCUGCUUUGACACCCAUAUCCAAGUGUGGAGAUCCAUGCCUAGCAUUGAGCUAAGCUGGAUGACCGUGUUCCACAAGGACACUGUGACUAAAAAUAGGUAGCACAUCCUCACACUGUACAUACCCAUACAUUAUCUUAUUAAACAAACCCUUUGGUGAUAGAAUAACAAGCUGUUGAUCAAAAGUAUUUUUUAUAGUGAAAAGACAUUGCCAACAAUUCUCCCAAUGUCAAUUAACUCUUCAGUCAAUUCUGACUUUAUGGUCAUUAUUAUGAAGCUGUUCCUGCUGAAAAUUCCAAGAAAGUACGUACAUAACCUACUAAUAUGGAUGGAUAUGGAUGGCUGCAAGCAAUUUAGAAACUGUAUUUGUCAAUUGAGGAAAGAGUGAAGAAUACUGUAUGUAGGCUAAUUAGAUUUCUAGGAAAUAUGACAAAGUUGUGUAACAAUGUUUUACUUAUUUGUAUUAUAUUGAAUUACAUAUGACCUACCGUUCCCCUUGAAAUGCCACUUUUUAAGCAUUUAAAACAUAAUAUGUUACCUACAUGUUUCUUCUUCAUAAUAACUUAUUACUUUAGCGACUCUUUA